AUGCCGAUGAUCAAGAAUAGUGAUGGACUGGCAGCCAAGGAAUAUAAUGCAGCCUCCAGUAUGUCCAAUGUGCAGGUGCUAGUCACCAAGCUGACGUGCGCACGGCAGUGCGAUGGCCGUUGCCAUGGCCCUACUCCCAGUGAAUGCUGCCACUCCCAGUGCGCGGCUGGGUGUGAUGGUCCACGGGACACACACUGCUUUGCAUGCAAAAACUUCAAUGACAGUGGUUCCUGUGUGAGCCACUGCCCUCCACCUACCAUCUACAACCCCGUCACCUUUGCACAGGGCGAAAACCCAGACGUCAAAUACAGCUACGGUGCCAUCUGUGUCAAGGAGUGUCCACAUAAUUUCGUGGUGGACUAUAAUUCAUGCGUACGAGCGUGCCCAGCCGGGAAGCAUGAAGUGGAAAAAUUCGGCAAGAAGAAAUGUGAGACCUGUACCGACGUCUGCCCUAAAGCGUGCGAUGGGAUAGGAACAGGAAACCUAAGCCGAUCACAGACGGUGGAUGCUACCAACAUAGAUACAUUUGAGAACUGCACAAAAAUCAAUGGAAACAUUGCAUUCCUCACCACAGGCAUCAAAGGGGAUGAUUACAUGAAAAUCCCACCUCUUGAUCCUGAUAAGCUAAACGUUUUUCGCAGCAUUAAAGAGAUAACAGGUCAUCUUAUGAUCCAAGCUUGGCCAGAAAAUAUGACAGACUUUGCUGUUUUUGAAAACCUCACGACAAUCAGAGGCAGAGUGUUACAGAGGACCUUUUCUCUUCUUGUGGCUCGCAUCCCCAACAUCACGGCACUGGGGCUAGCCUCCCUACAGGAAGUGAGUGCCGGCAAUGUCUACCUCAAGAAUAACGAACGUCUGUGCUACUACAAUACCAUCAAAUGGCCUGCGGUGUUUGUGAGCGAACAACAGACGUCAUACGUUCACGACAACAAGCCAGAAGCCGACUGCAAUGCGGAUGGUGCUGUGUGUGACUUGCUAUGCUCGGAGCAUGGCUGCUGGGGGCCUGGCCCUGACCAGUGUAUCUCCUGUCAGUUCUUCCGCCGUGCCCGCUCCUGUGUGGAAUCCUGUUACAUCACUGAGGG